CUCUCUCUCUCUCUCUCUCUCUUUCCUCUCUUCCUCUCUCUCUAAAAAUCAAGAGUUGCUCACUCCCUCUGAUUCUGUCUAAUGGCAAAAGCUGAAGCUAAGCGUGAAGCCAAGCCAGAAAAACCGAAAGAAAUUGAAGAAGUUUCCGUACCCACUCUCAAAUACAAAAUUUGGGUUUUGAAAGUCCCUAUACACUGUGGGGGCUGCAAGAAAAAGGUCGCAAAAAUCUUGAAAAAAAUAGAUGGGGUUUACAAAACAGAGUUCGAUGGGAGCUUCGGGAAGGAAAACAAAGUGACAGUGACUGGGAACGUGGAGCCGGAGAUUUUGAUCAGGAAGCUGGCCAAGGGAGGGAAACAUGCAGAGCUGUGGCUUGAUCAGAAGGCUAACAACAGCAAUAUUUCAAACGACAAGAAGAAAAAAAAGGGGAGCAACAAGGAGAGACAGCAAGGCGAAAACGCCAAAGGCUCCCAAGACGGUAACCAUGGCGGACCUGGCUGCGGCGGCAGUGGUGAUAAUGAAAGGAAACCGGUUAAGGAUGAAGUUGUUCAAGUCCAGGAUAAUGGUGGUAAGAAGAAAAAUGAGGGUGGUGGCGGCGCGGGUGGGAGUAAGAGCGGUGAGGGGGCUAAUGCUGUGAAAGUGAUUGAGGGCGGUGGUGCACAGGCAAAAAACAGCGGGGGUGGCGGUGGAAAAGGCAAAGAGGUGAAGGUUGAGGGGGUUAGGCAGGGUAAGGCUGUGAACAUGUCGGGACAGCCGGAUGCGGCGGAUAAGUGUUUUGGUGGGGACGACGACGAUGACAGUGACUGUGAGGUUGAGAAAAGUGGAGGCGGCGGUGGAGGUCGCGACGGUGCUGGCGGCAGUGGAACCAAGAAGAAAAAGAAGGGGCAAAAGGGGAAUGCAAAUGCUGGCGAUUCGGAUGAGGAUGAGCAAUGUGGUGAUGCUGCUCCAGCACGCACUGGAUUACCGCCUAAUCAUGGCAAUGUGCCACGUGGUCCUCCUGUGCCUUGCAUGCCUCCAUAUGGUACUCAAGGCCCAAACUUUGCUCCGGCUCUGGCACCAGCUCCAGCCAAUCACAUGGCUCCACAUCAGCUGUUGUAUGAAUACCAGUACCCCAGGCAGAACAGCAACGGGCGUCCAAUCCAAGCUAUGAACUUCAAUACGGCCUACCCCGCCAGUAGCUACGGUGCAUCCCAGUAUGCUGCACCACCACCUCACGCACAUUCUUACUCUUAUGUGUCUCAAAGUGUGGCAGCUGAGACCGAGCCCCGGUCCUAUCAUUCGGACUCAUAUCCGCAGUACAACCCGUCUCGGCCGGUAUAUAAUCCGCCGCAGCAGUCCGAUUCCUUCGAGCUGUUCAGCGACGAGAAUCCGAACGGGUGCACCAUUAUGUGAGCAUUGUGGGCAGUGGCUGCAUUGGAGAGUAUGGAGUUGGAAGGUGAAGGCCGCAUAAGGUU